AUGGGACUUUGGCAAACUUCCCUUGGGUGGAAACGUGAAUCUUGGGCGCGCCGUCCCGCCACGGAUUUAUUGCUGCGGACUAAUGACAAGAGGGGGUUGCACGAAUUUGACAUCGUCAUCUUCAAUUUUCCCUACGUCAAAGAAGACCCACGUCCAGAGUGGAAGCCUGCAGGAACGCUACCCACGUCAUGUAAGAGCGCAGCACUCAUCGUCGACUUCCUAGUCUUCUGCAGCCAGGAAGCAAAAAUCGGAGCGGAGAUUCUCUUGGGUCUCGCUACGUCGAAAAGCAUGACGUUUUUUGACGAUCAAAAUACAGAUAGCGACAACGAACACGAAGAAUUUCCGGAGUGCUACCGACCGGAUCAGUACGGCAAGUACGCCCAAUUUUCUGCAGAGAGCCUCGUUUCGCAAGUCUUGGCAGGGAAUUACGCCGCGCUGUACGAGACUGACCGUCUUCUUCCGGUGUUGUUGCUCGAGGACAAAGACAAAGACUACUACAGCAUGUAUGAAAACGAACCGGUGGCAUACGAACACGUUGCGGAGUCCAACAACAAAACGCAUGCCGAACACUCCGUCGCCCGGCAUUUGGAAGUCCAACAACAAAACGCUUUUUCGUUUCACUUUGCUACCAUGCUGUCACAACAGAGCUUCUUGCUCUAUUCCAUUUCGCCAAUUCUACGGGCAAUCGAUCAAAUUACCUACUGGAUCAAGUUUCGCGCAGACACCGCCCCUUCCGUCGGCAAUGCCGAACUCUUGUUCGACGAGUGUCAUCAAGCCCUCGUGGACUGGGCUAACCGUAGCGAACUUGAUUCAGGACUUGCAGUUGCCCUUAGUGCCGGCGCGAACUUUUACGCCGGCUUCUACUCGAAAGAUUUGCAGAAGAAGUGUGGCGUCAGCGAUCUCUUACGAAAGGAACGCCGUCUUGCGGAACGGGCGUGUGGCAGCAACCUCGUUAUAAAUGCCACUUUGGAAUUUGAUACUUGUAAUGGUGGUUUUUGUGUGAGCAAGUGGUGUUAA